CCGACAAUGUAAAACGCGGAAGUAUAAAACCGGGUUUAUGUUUUUAUUGUAUCUAAGAGGGAAUAAUCAAUACUUUAAAAUGCUUUAAACAUUUGAAAAUCGAUCGUCGCGUUCAAACAUAUGAAUGUAAACUUGUAGAUAGUAUUAAAUUGUAUAUCAUACUUUGAAGUUAACUGUUCAUGUAUGAAUAUAUAUAGUUUAAUAGUCGUGGUGCUUAACAGGAAUUUUAACGCGUGAGGAAGUGAAUGAUAUUAAGGGAUAUUUUGUAGGCUCUACCACCUAAAGCCUGUAUCUGUUUGGCCAAAGAACCCUUCAUAUUGAUGUCUACAGCACACACGAUCGCCUCAACACUGUUCUCCAACUUCAAAACAGAGCCUAGAAAAUCAUGAAAAACAUCAGUAAAAAGUGCAUAUAACAUAACAGGAAAAAAUGGCAAAUACUAUUAUAGUGUCUGUACCAACUGGAGUAGUUGAUGCCCUUAAAAAGAAACGAGGAGGAAUAAAUCCUAUUCUAGAUGACAUUAAAGAAAAACAUCUCAUUGACGCAAGUUUUGAUGGAAGCAACAUAGAGUUACGCGGGCCUUACGACGAAGUUCUUGAUAUAGCAAAUGAACAUUUACAUAAGGAAGCCGGAAUGGCACCUGCUUCAAAUAUAUCAUUAGGGGGCAUGGGAACUGUAGAAUGGAGAUUUAAAAGAGCAAAACAUAUUCAACUCGUAUUCGACGCAGAAUUUGAAAAACUUUCAGGGAAAUCGAAUAUCACAAUAACACAUGAAGGAGAAGAUAUUAUUGUCAGUUGCAAGUACUCUGAAUACAAAUCAAUGAAAAUGCUUCUUGAAGAUCUUGAAGAGAAAAUUAAAAAAUGUAAAAAUAAAUCAGUCAAAGUGGAGCCUAAAUAUGUUGCGCUUGCAAAAUCCUUUUCUCAAACAAUUGUUAAAAAUAAAUGGUGUUGUGAAUUCAGUGAUAAACAAGGUGCCAACCUGAAGUUUUAUGGAAGGAAAGAGAAGGAUUGUGAAGAUGGAGUUACAAGUUGGAAAGAUAACAUAAAACAACAAAACCGUUGACCCCCUCAGCUCCACGUGCAUCGAUUAUAGAAGAACCCAUUGAUACAGGAACGUCAUAUAGUUCAAAGAAAACCGAACAAUCCCAACUAAUGUCAACUUCUUCUAAUCAUGCUCCAAAUACAAUGGAAUCAGACUGGAACAAAAGCAGUUUAUCAUCUCAAGGAGCCACUGAUUUUAAUACUUCUGCUAUCAGCAAAACAACAAUCAACAAUCCAACAAAUAAAACAAAAAGUGAAAUUCAAAAUAUGUCAAUGAGCCAAUACAAUUCUUUGCAUGCAACUGCAUCGGGUGGCAUUAAAGGAGACAUUAAAUCUUCCUCAAAUGUCAGAAAAACUCCAGGAAGAACAAUCGGUUCUGGUGAUGCUGCAAAAUAUAAUUUUCAAAUCGAAAAUAUUACAUUCUUUAUAUACAAGCAAUCUAUAACAGAAAUCAAAGGAAUGGAUGCCAUUACUAAUGCAGCAAAUGAGAGACUUAUGCACGGAGGAGGCGUAGCGUACUUUAUAUCAAAAGCAGCUGGUAAGAAAAUGGACCAGGAUUGUGACAGUUACAUUACAAACAAUAGGAUGUUACAAGUAACGGAAAAUUAUGUUUCGAUACCUGGUGACAUUAAAUGUAAAGGCAUUAUUCAUGCGGUUGGUCCUACGUGGUACGGCUACAAGGAUAAAGAAGAUGAGUGUGCUCGGGAUCUAUACAAAACAAUUAAGAAUAUCUUGAGAACUGCAAGCGACAAGAAGUACCAAACAGUAGCACUUUCAGCAAUCAGUUCAGGCUUGUUCGGUGUGCCAAAGAAACUUUGUGCAGAGAUGUACAUCAAAGCAUUUGCUGAUUUUGCAACUGAAACAAGUGGUGCAAAUGUGAAGGAAGUACACUUUAUUGAUGUCAGCCGUGAAAUCCUUGAUAUAGUAAUCGAUGCACACAAACUUUGGCUGGAUGAUGAAACUAAACUAGACUUCAGUAACGCUUUACAAUAUCUUUCGGCAGCGUCAAAAACUAGAACAAGAAAAGGCGCCGUGCAACAUGAGGAAGAGAGCUUAGUCCAAGCUAUUGGAACCAGCAAAACAUCAUAUGGCGAAACUAUAUACAAAUAUCGCCUUUGUAGUAAACUUGUAGUGUGUGUCUAUCAAGGAUCAUUGACAAGGCUGGAGAAUGUGGAUGCUAUAGGUUUAAUGGUUUCACCAGAUCCUUAUUCUAUGAGAGUUUUAGAACAGUCCGUACGAAAUCUUGCUGGGUUUAAAUAUCAAUCAGAAGUUGAUAAAAACCGGAAUGGAAAGAAUGGGAUGGUUUUCGUUAGUACGUUGACUGGCUCAUUGAAAUGUAAGAGUAUUGUUCACGUCAUAUCACAUCCAGUGACGAGAGUUGAUGACAAAUCUUUGUCUGCAUAUGGUCAUGCACUUACGCAUAAGUACAGCAGUAAAAUCCAUUCUCUUGGUAUGCCGCUUUUCGGGACAGGGGCAAUACAAAAAGAAGCAGAAAUUGAUAUUCUUUGCUACAAUGUCAUACAAGAGCUACUCACAGCAUGCACCGAUAACAGAAAACCGUUACAAAUUACUGAACUCCAUCUUGUGAACUUGUAUCCAGAGAUAAGUUUACAUCUGAAAGAAGUAUUUGCAAGAUUCAGUAAUGGAGUCAAAGUAUAUAAAAAAGAUACUUUAUCCGAUACUUUGCAAAACGAUACUUUGCAAAAAACGAGCGGAAACUCGAAAGAAUCUAAUGAGAGUCAGUCUUGGCUUCAACAUACACGCCUCGAAAAAAGCGACUCUGCUAAAGGUGAAACUGUGACCGAUAAUGACACCAAAAAGAAAACUUUAACUUUAGACAAAACGCCGUCCAAUAAGAAAUGUGAUUACUGUGAUAAACCAGCGAGUAAAAUGGUUAAAGAAUGUGGUCACAUGUUCUGUGAUACUUGUGCCAUACCAAUGAAAAAUAGCAAGGUAUGUGUAAAGUGUUCCAAGGAGAAUUCACAAAAAUCAGAGGAGUGUCCCGUAUGCUUGGAGCCUCUUAAGACGGUCAAAGAAUUACCUUGCAGCCAUAAGCUCUGUUCAUCAUGCUACAAGGACGUUACAGCACGAAAGCCACAAUGUCCAAUAUGUCAACAUAUAUAUGGUGAGGUAACAGGAAACCAACCAGAUGGACAAAUGUUUUUUCGACACGUUGCAUGGAGAAGUCUUCCGGGAUAUGAAGGAUGUGGACAGAUUGAAAUAUGCUAUAGCAUACCUUCGGGAAAACAGACGAAAUAUCACCCACGUCCUGGUAAGCCUUAUAAAGGUAUAGAAAGGUUUGCUUAUCUGCCUGACAACGACGAAGGCCGACAUAUUCUUAGUCUGCUAAGAAGAGCAUUUGACCGGAGACUGAUAUUUACAAUUGGUGAGUCAAGAACUACAGGGAAAGAAGGCGUAGUGACGUGGAAUGAUAUACAUCAUAAAACAAGGCCCACAGGUGGACCUGAAAGAUUUGGUUACCCUGACCCCACAUAUCUUAUCAGAGUUAAGGAGGAACUUGCCGCUAAAGGAGUGACUGACUGACAAUUGGUCUAGAGAUUAAUUAAAAAAAUCCAGAACUUUGCAACUUAUUGCUUGAUAAAAUAUUGUUUAUCAAAAUCAUUAAACGUUAUAGAUGUGCUGUGAAUUUAACAUAUAUGUAAAAUGUGAUAUGUUUAUAAAUAUCAACCUAUUCGUGGAUAUAUCAUUUUGUCUCUCAUGAAUAUCUUAAGACUGAUGCAAGUAAGUAGGCUUUUGUUACUGCAUAAUCA